GUACGCCCUAUUCAUUUCAAUGGGUACGCACCUCGCCUCAUCCGAUCCAACUCUUCUGCCUUGAUUAGCUGCUGUGCUUGUAACUGGCUAGCGUUAGCUACUAAGCCCCUGCUUAUCGUGUUUUUGACGAAGAUCGAAAGAGUGCGUAUGAUUUGGAGGGACUAUAUUGUAUUUUCUACCUGGGAAUCCUACACGACUUGGAUAUAAUACGAAGAUUUUGACCGUUUGGAUCGUGGAGUUCGCUUGUCUUGACUGGUUUGGGAAAAUCCACUGCCUAUCAAAUAACAGGUCUUUAAGAUGCUACAGUAAGUGUGGAGCUGAAUCCUAGCUGAAGCCUCAGCAUGUCUGUCCUGCUGACGGUGGUGGUGAUGGGUGUGGUGGGGUGGGGGGCCGUGGUCCAGGGGGCUCCGUGUCCCGGAGGGGGCCUGGCUGACUGCCCUAUCCAGCAGAGCAACACCUCCGGUGGGGGUAAAACCUCCAGGGACUACUGCUACACCGCCCGUAUCCGCUCCACCGUGCUCCAGGGCCUGCCCUUCGGAGGAGUGCCCACCGUCCUCGCACUCGACUUCAUGUGCUUCCUGGUACUCCUGUUUGUGUUCUCCAUCUUGAGGAAGGUAGCGUGGGACUACGGCCGCUUGGCGUUGGUGACUGAUGCAGACAGACAGAAUCAGCGAUACAGUCGUCUGGAUGAACAGAAACAUGUGGCGUCUGCCAUGACGUCGGAGCUUCCCGAUCGCUACGAACGCCUGACUUCUGUCUCCAGCUCAGUGGACUUUGAGCAGAGAGACACUGGCUUCUGCUCCUGGUUAACAGCCAUCUUCCGCAUAAAGGAUGAGGAGAUCAGGGAGAAGUGUGGGGAGGAUGCAGUGCACUACCUCUCCUUCCAGAGGCACAUCAUUGGUCUGCUGGUGGUGGUGGGUGUGCUCUCAGUGGCCAUUGUCCUGCCCGUCAACUUCUCAGGAAAUCUAUUGGAAAACAAUGCCUACAGUUUUGGGCGUACCACUAUAGCCAAUCUGGAUGCCAAUAACACGCUGCUGUGGCUCCACACCACCUUUGCGUUCCUCUACCUGUUGCUGACCGUGUACAGCAUGAGACGGCACACCUCCAAGAUGCACUACAGAGAGGACGAUUUGGUGAAACGCACUUUAUUUGUCAAUGGGAUCUCCAAGUAUGCAGAGGAGAAGCACAUCAAGCAACACUUUGAACAGGCUUAUGAAAACUGCUGUGUUCUAGAGGCUCGUAUUUGUUACGACGUGGCCAAGCUGAUGUCCCUCGACUCAGAAAGGAAGAAGACUGAACGGAGCAUGAAGUUCUUUAAAGACCUACAGUCCAAGGAGCACAUCCCCUCCAUGAUCAACCCCAAACCCUGUGGACAUCUCUGCUGCUGUAUUAUCAAGGGCUGUGAACAGGAGGAGGCAGUGAGUUACUACACCAAGCUGGAGUCCAAGCUGAAGGAGGAGUACAGGAAGGAGAGAGAGAAGGUCAACAGUAAGCCACUGGGAAUGGCCUUCGUUACCUUCCAGAACGAAGCCAUGACCGCCAUUAUCCUAAAGGACUACAAUGCGUGUAACUGUCAGGGCUGCCACUGUCAGAGGGAACCCAGGUCUUCCUCCUUCAGCCAGCACCUUCACACGUAUUCCUGGACAGUCGGCUACGCACCAGACCCACAGAACGUCUACUGGGAGCAUCUGUCAGUCGGAGGGUUCCCCUGGUGGCUGAGAUGCUUCAUCAUCAACUGUAUCCUCUUCCUCCUCCUCUUCUUCCUCACAACCCCCGCCAUCAUCAUCUCCACCAUGGACAAGUUCAACGUCACCAAGCCUGUCGAGUACCUCAACAACCCCAUUGUGACCCAGUUCUUCCCCACCCUGCUGCUGUGGGCCUUCUCCGCCCUGCUCCCCACCAUCGUAUACUACUCGGCCUUCUUCGAGGCCCACUGGACACGGUCUGGAGAGAACAGGACAACCAUGCAUAAAUGUUACACCUUCCUCAUCUUCAUGGUCUUACUGCUGCCCUCUCUAGGACUCAGCAGUCUGGACGUUUUCUUCAGAUGGCUGUUUGAUAAGCGCUUCCUGGCUGACGCUGCUGUGAGGUUUGAGUGUGUGUUCCUGCCUGACAACGGGGCGUUCUUUGUGAACUAUGUCAUCGCGUCGGCGUUCAUCGGUAACGCGAUGGAUCUGCUGAGGAUCCCUGGUCUGCUCAUGUAUAUGACCCGGUUGUGUCUGGCUCGCUCUGCUGCCGAGAGACGCAACGUCAAGAGGCACCAGGCGUAUGAGUUCCAGUUCGGGGCGGCUUACGCCUGGAUGAUGUGUGUCUUCACUGUGGUCAUGACAUACAGCAUCACCUGUCCAAUCAUCGUCCCCUUCGGUCUGAUGUACAUGCUAUUGAAGCACUUGGCAGAUCGCUACAACAUGUACUAUGCCUACCUUCCCUCCAAGCUGGACAAGAAGAUCCACUCUGGGGCCGUCAACCAGGUGGUGGCAGCACCCAUCCUCUGUCUCUUCUGGCUCCUGUUCUUCUCCACUCUCCGCACAGGUUUCUCCGCCCCUACCUCUAUGUUUACCUUCAUCGUUCUGAUCAUCACCAUCAUCGUCUGCCUGUCCCAUGUCUGCUUCGGACACUUCAAAUAUCUCAGCGCUCACAACUACAAGAUUGACGCGGAGAAUGUGGAUGGUGUACAGAACGGUCGCCCAGCACGCACCUCUCCCUUCAAUAAGUCAGCACAGAUGUACAUUGCCUCGGUCCUCCAGGACCCCAGCUUAGACGAGCUGGGUUCGGCUGGCAGCGGGGUCAGCGAGGGUUCGCAGGACGAGGAGAUCAUCCAAGUGGGGAACAGCCUCAAUGAGGCCGACUUCCAGAGCGGCGAGGACAGUCUCCUUGCUAACGAGGUGCGGCACUGACGUCAGGGGACGCCGGAGACGGCUGUCAGGGUGGAGACGGAGGACGGGGAGAGAGAAGAUGAGACUGAGAUGGCAGAAACUAAAGUUUAAUUUCACCGAGUGGAUGGAUGCACUGACCUAGUGUGUUAAGCUACAGAGCUGAAACGGACGGACACAGCUUUAAAAGACAUGGAUAGACCACUAACCUUGAAGUCCUGAACAGACUAUUACAUUGUCUACACACCACACACACACACACCACACACACACACACCACACACACCACACACACACCACACACCACACCACACACACCACACACACACACAGUGUGUCUACUAAAGGACGGGUAACUCUCCCUUACAACUAUUGAUCUAGCGCUGACUGUGAAGGAGAGAUCUUUCCUUCCCAUAAUCCUUUGCCUGUUCUGCCUGCACCCCUAAUCGUCUCUGUGCCCUAGAGGCUUCGUCACAAUAAGCAGCCUAAUAUGAGAAGAUGAAGAAGAAGAGGAGGAGGAGAAAUGUCUGUCAGCAUCACACACACACACACUGUUCGCCUGCUCUGGUCUCCCCCUGCUCUGUCCCGACGGUCUCCGGGAGUCUCUGGGUGGUUCCAACCCUGUGUAAAAAAUAAAUAAAAAAAGGAAUGUGGUCACCAUGACGACGACCACUGUAACAAACUGAACUAAACACUCCUCUGCUUUUCAUUUUUGUUGUUCAGCAACAAAAACUCUGGAUUUGUAAAAUAGCCUUUUUUUUUGGAAAUUGUAUUUAUUUUUAGGCAUGGUUAUUUUUAAGUUGGUCUGAAAACUUUAAUAAUCAAUUAACUACUUGUUUCGACAUAAAAAAAAUAAAUUUAAAAAACAACUGCGGAUGGAUGGAUCAUGGAACAUGGAUACUGUCCCUCGUAACAACAAGGUCGCUCUGUCUUCUGGCCUGUUCUGCCCUGAGCGACUGUAGUGGGACUGCGGCUCCAGACUGAGCCCCAAUGGAGCCGCCCUAACAUAACUGAAGGCAGUCCAGAGCCCCUAGUGGAGAGGAGGAUGCCCCCAGGAAGCAGAUAUGAAGUGGAUAUGACAGCUCAACCUCUACCCUGUUUUGCGUCCCACAACUAUGGUUGCAAAAAAUUCCCAAAAUUGUCCCAGAGUUCGCAGGUUUUUCAAUAUGUUGGUUAGAAGUUUAUUGGAAUAAGGGAUUUCUGGGGGGGGGAAACCUAGGAACUUUGGGAAAGUUUCUGUAAUUGUGCAACCUCCGCCUCCUCCGGCUAGGACUCUGUGGGACCGUGUUCUUCGCCUCAGCCUCCUCCGGCUAGGACUCUGUGGGACCGUGUUCUUCGGUAGAGGGAGAGCUCGACCCUUGAACUCUUGGCCUGUGACCUGUAGUUUCCCCCAGGCCUCUCCUCCCUGUUACUAUGGACGCGUUCAGCAGGGGGAGGACGCAGCGUUGUUGAACCUUCAGAUAUAAAUAUGUUAUGUAGAACAAAUACGGCUCUCUGAAGUGUGGAAUCAUGUCAACUCUUUUCUUAACAUUUCUAUCUACAACGUUCCACAAUGUUCCACAACGUUUGCCUCCUGAAUGUGACCCUGGCCCCUGCUCUGACUGGACCGUCUCUGUGACCCUGGCCCCUGCUCUGACUGGACCGUCUCUGUGACCCUGGCCCCUGCUCUGACUGGACCGUCUCUGUGACCCUGGCCCCUGCUCUGACUGGACCGUCUCUGUGACCCUGGCCCCUGCUCUGACUGGACCGUCUCUGUGACCCUGGCCCCUGCUCUGACUGGACCGUCUCUGUGACCCUGGCCCCUGCUCUGACUGGACCGUCUCUGUGACCCGGUCCCCUGCUCUGACUGGACCGUCUCUGUGACCCUGGCCCCUGCUCUGACUGGACCGUCUCUGUGACCCUGGCCCCUGCUCUGACUGGACCGUCUCUGUGACCCGGUCCCCUGCUCUGACUGGACCGUCUCUGUGACCCGGGCCCCUGCUCUGACUGGACCGUCUCUGUGACCCGGUCCCCUGCUCUGACUGGACCGUCUCUGUGACCCUGGCCCCUGCUCUGACUGGACCGUCUCUGUGACCCGGUCCCCUGCUCUGACUGGACCGUCUCUGUGACCCGGUCCCCUGCUCUGACUGGACCGUCUCUGUGACCCGGGCCCCUGCUCUGACUGGACCGUCUCUGUGACCCGGUCCCCUGCUCUGACUGGACCGUCUCUGUGACCCUGGCCCCUGCUCUGACUGGACCGUCUCUGUGACCCGGUCCCCUGCUCUGACUGGACCGUCUCUGUGACCCUGGCCCCUGCUCUGACUGGACCGUCUCUGUGACCCGGUCCCCUGCUCUGACUGGACCGUCUCUGUGACCCUGGCCCCUGCUCUGACUGGACCGUCUCUGUGACCCUGGCCCCUGCUCUGACUGGACCGCCUCUGUGUUCUAGCUAGCUCCUCUAGUGACUCUCAUCUCAAGACAAGCCUCUUUAUUUUGGUGUUUACAAUCACUGUACAAAAGGUUGUUUCACUGUCUGUUGGUUGGUUUGAACAUUUGUUUUAUUUAGGAAACGUAAUAAUAAUAAUCAUCUUUGUUGGAUGUAGGAAGGUUUUCUCCUUUCUGCCAACUCUGUAACUGUCCCGUUUUUUAGAUGGCUUCUGAUUGGUUUAGGGAUUGUCUUCAAUUCUGCCUCAUCCAAUUACGACGUCAAUAUUGAGACUAGCGAUAGAUACUGCAUCAUGUAGAGGUGUAUAUUGUAAACAGUGUAGAUGAUUUACGGAGCAUUGUUACAAACGACAGUGUCCCAGCUGUCACCUGGAGUGCUGUUGAACCCGGUGGGUUACUAUGGUGACAUGUAAACACAUCGCGGCUCAGUCAGGACGGAACAGACCGACUGCGCAAAACGGUUGUGUCCUACAUGGCAUCCCCCUAUUUAGUGCACUACUUUUGGGCGGGGCCCCAUAGGGCUCAGUACUGUGAUAGGGAAUAGGACGCCCUUUCGGACGCGUGAAAAAUGAGUCUUAAUGCUGUAAGACUUGAUCAAUGUUUUUAUUGAUAUUCUUAGGCGUAUUGAUGUUGAACAGAAUACUAGCAAUUUCUACGGAAUCACAUUCAUCUGGUAAAAUCUAAAUGGAUGAUACCAAAUCCAUAAUUUAAAAAAAUGAUAUAUCUUUACUUCAAGUUGUUCUGCAAUAAUCAUGAUGGCAUGUUGCUCUCUUUAACUCGUUACAAUAUUCCACUGACGGAACCAAUGACCAGCUUAGUUUUUUCCCCCAAAGUGAGGCAGAACCGAUUUUUAUAGCCUGGUUUAACCUUCAGGGAUCUACUACAAAACAGGAUCAAUUUAGUUAGCCAGCUAACUUUGAUAAACAAGAAAUAACUAUUGAUUGUCUGUUUCAUAAAGAAAGCUACAGUUAAAUAUGUGUUUUUGUUGGGUCAUCUAGACCGUGCCCAUUCAGUUAGCUGGCUAACUCGUUGAUCGUGCUUCGUAGUGUACCUCUCAGAGCAGGUUUAGCCGAGCUAUGUGCUAUAUACUGUUAGAUAGAAACAAUUAACUUGUGUUUAAAACUCUUGGUUCCACAUUGUGGAUAUACAUAAAUAGAAAUGAACAAAUGUCCUGUUUUUCUUAGCGCUAAUUUGGGAAGUCCGUCACUGGACUGAACCAAAACAUGCUGAGCAGCUUUCCUAUUGUGAUGUGACUUCGGCUCGUUCAGAAGGCCCUGAAGAGAAAUGUGCUUCACCCAAGUAACAAAUCUACUGCAUAGUACAGAUUUGAUGUACUAUAUAUAUAUAGUACUAGUAUAUACAUAAUGUACUGUCGGUUUCUGUACACUAAAAUGAUGGACUCACUCAGUAUUAAACAACUUAUUUUUCAUUUUAAGGCAUUACGUUUUUAUCAGUAGUUCUGUAAGAAUAGUAUAAUAUAUUAUAAUAAUAAUAUAUACACUGAGUUACAAAACAUUACAAACACACUAAUAUUGAGUUGCCCCCCUCCCUCCUCCCCCCCUUGCCCUCAGAACAGCCGUCAGGACAUGGACUCUACAAUGUGUCAAAAUAAUUCCACAGGGAUGCUGGCCCAUGUUGACUCCAAUGCUUCCCACAGUUGUGUCAAGUUGGCUGGAUGUCCUUAUGGGUGGUGGACCGUUCUUGAUACACACAGGAAACUGUUCAGCGUGAAAAACCCAGCAGCGUUGCAGUUCUUGACACACUCAAACCGGUGCACCUGGCACCUACUACCAUACCCCGUUCAAAGGCACUUAAAUAUUUUAUCUUGCCCGUUCACCCUCUGAAUGGCACACGUACACAAUCCAUGUGUCAAAUGUCUCAAGGCUUCACCGGUCUCCUCCACUUAAUCUACAUAGAUUGAAGAGGAUUUAACAAGUGACAUAGAUUUCACCUGGUAUGAGAGUAAUUCCAUAUCGCAAAUUUUUACCUACAGUCACUUUUAUUAGCAUUUUAAUUUAUUUUUCUUGUUUAAAUCAUUUUAAUUUACUCUAUGUCAUGGAAAGAGCAGGUGUUCUUAAUGUUUUGUCCACUCAGUGUAUAUUAGUAUUAUUAUAAAAUAGCAUAUCUAUUGUAUUAUAUGUCAUAUUAUUGUCUUUUGCUCUCCUUCUGGCACAGACAGCCCUGUGAGUACGGCCUAUUUGAACACAGUCAGACUUCCGUAUUGCCACAGCAGCAGGUACAACCAUGUAUGUAGUUAUAAUAGUAACCUGUAACUAUCAAAUGAACAAAUGUUAUGAUUUGACACUGAUAUAUAAUGUGAACGAUCUGUUUUUUUUUAAGCUACUCAGUGUUGUAGGUUAUAUAUGCUCUAAUUUACCUUUUUGGGGCUAUUCUAAUUUCCACUGGACAAUAAUGAGCCUCGGUAUGAAUACACUUGUAUUGCUGUGACAGAAACUUGGGUCAUAUUCAUUAGGCACUAAACAGAAGAUAAUGUACAGGAAAAGACAGGGGGGGUUUAUUCAUUACAUCUUGCAACGGAAACUAUUUUUACCUCUUAAGAACCAAACGAGAGCAAACAGAUUGAAACGGGGAGUGACCUUACCUGAAUUGUCCAAUAGAAAUUCUCGUUUUUUUCCCAUUGCAAAGCGUUUUCCCGUUUGGAGUAAACCGUUUCUGUUGCAAAACGUUUUGAAACAGAAUCGUCAUAAUGAAUACACCCCCUGAACUUGCCCGAUUUUUAAGAAAAGCAAUUGUUUUGUCGUUGCAAAACAUUUUGCUAUGGUGUGCACUAAUAAUUACGACACUGUUGAUACUGAAAUGUGGCCACAGCAACAAACAAAAAAAUAUGUCACUGUUAGAUUAUCCACUAGUCUAUAAUGUCCAAGCAAGGCAUUGAUUUGAAACUGUUUGACACAUACACACAUACACACACAUAUAUACACAUACACACACAUAUAUAUAUACACACACACACACACACACACACACACACACAGACACACACACGCACAUAUACACACACACACCUCCCUGACCGUUUGGACUCCCAUUUGAACCAGUGUUCCAGAACUCUUAAGUCAUAACUGAAACUCUGAGCUUUCCUCUCAGCGGUGUUUAAUACCUCUGAAAUGUAUGAUGAAUUGUCUUCGAAAACUCUGAAUGUUUCUAGGUAAAAGUGUUAACAUUGCAUAUGUCCUUUUCCUGAAUUAAGUAAAAAUUGAAAACAUUUUCAACCA